UUGACUUAGAGAAAUCAAAUAUGAGUGUUUAGGGCUCUACAUUGCUUACAUAUUCUUAUACUGCGAGUAAGCACGUGAGAGCCUCGUAAAAAAAUUAUCGAAAAAAACAACACACAGCUCAUAUCUGUUUCUUUAUCCGGAUUAAAAUAUUCAAAUGUGCUCUCUCAGAAUCAUUGACCUUUAUCUUUUUCUUUUUAACCAAAUAAAAAUACGUAAACAAUCACUUCAUUUUCUCACUCAAGUUCCUCACUCUUAAACCCUAACUAAUCCAUUAUAAUGGCGGCACAAGCCGGCUUCUCACUCUCGCUCCCAACCCGAACAACUGCUCCCUGUAAGACUCACCGCACUCGCAUGGCGACUUCCAACUCGGCGAAACUUCCAUCGAUCGCCGGCCGUAAGCUUCGAGCCGCUGUGAUCGGUGGUGGUCCAGCCGGAUCCUCAGCCGCCGAAGCUCUAGCCUCCGGUGGCGUUGAGACAUUCCUCUUAGAACGAGCCCCUUCCGCCGCCAAGCCUUGCGGUGGUGCCAUCCCUCUCUGCAUGCUCGACGAGUUUCAGAUCCCCUUUCACCUUAUCGACCGCCGCGUCACCCGAAUGAAGAUCAUCUCGCCGUCAAACCUCGUCGUCGACUUCGGUCAAACCCUACUCCCCCACGAGUAUAUCGCAAUGCUCCGUCGUGAGGUCCUCGAUUCGUUUCUCCGAUCACGCGCCGAGUCAGCCGGUGCAUCCCUGAUCUCCGGCCUCGUCACGAGUCUCGAGGUUCCGACCACGAAGAACGCGCCGUACGUCAUACACUACGUAGCCACCGGCGAGGCUCGCCGGGAACGGCUUUCGGUGGACGUCGUCAUCGGAGCCGACGGCGCCAACAGCCGAGUCGCAAAGUCUAUCGGAGCCGGUGAUUACGCCAGCGCCAUAGCAUUCCAAGAGAGGAUCAGAUUGCCAGACAACAAAAUGGAGUACUACGAGAACUGUGCUGAGAUGUAUUUGGGAAACGACGUGUCGCCCGACUUUUACGCUUGGGUGUUUCCCAAAUGCGAUCACGUGGCAGUGGGCACGGGUACCGUGCGGGCCAAGAAAGAUAUUAAGGCCUAUCAAAGGGCUAUUAGGGAAAGGGCCAGUCCCAAGAUCAGUGGUGGCAAGGUUAUAAAGGUGGAGGCCCACCCAAUCCCGGAGCACCCCCGGCCGAUAAGGGUUCGUGGUCGAGUGGCACUCGUGGGAGAUGCGGCGGGGUAUGUAACUAAAUGCUCGGGAGAAGGGAUUUAUUUUGCUGCGAAGUCAGGUAGAAUGUGCGGGGAAGGGAUUGUUAGGGCGUCGGAGGGCGGUCAAGGAAUGAUCGAGGAGGAGGAUUUGAAGAGGAAUUAUUUGAAGGAAUGGGAUAGACAAUAUGUGACAACAUUUAGGUUUUUAGAUUUGUUGCAAAGGGUGUUUUAUGGGAAUAAUGCUUCAAGGGAGGCUUUGGUGGAGCUUUGUGGGGAUGAGUAUGUGCAAAGAAUGACGUUUGAGAGUUAUUUGUAUAAGAAACUAGCCGAUGGUAAUAGAUGGAAGGACGCUAAAAUGUUAGUUGAUACCGUUGGAAGUUUGAUGAGGUGUAAUAUCAUGGGAAGGAAUUGCGAGGUUUUAAGUUUAUAAAAUCAUAUUUAGUAUUGCA